AUGCAUAUCUCAAAUAAAUAAUAAUAAGAUUCGUCAAUUUACGAAGUUCAAAAACUUGAGGCCUCUUUAAAAUUCGAUCAUAGAUAGAGUGCUGUACCUGAGAACCCUUGCUACAACUUUCGUUUUAGAAUUUUCAUUUUUUUCAGUUAUAUUGUGAUUACCCAAAUCGGCGAGAUUUUGGGUACCCCUCAGGAUGACAUCAAAGGCAUAUUUGAUAUAGGCCACGACUUCACAGAUGGCAUCAAUCAAUUAUAUCAUUCUCAUACAUGGUUUGCUUCUCUAAUGCAAGUCAUCUCUGGCCUCAUUUUAGACUUUGCAUUUUUCUAUGUCAGUCUCUACUGGGUAUUUUAUGUGAGAAAUUUCAGACUAUUUGCUGCUUUAAUCAUAUUCUAUGGAAUAAGGGCAAUUCAUUUGAAUAUUUUUAAACUACAGUUUGCUGAUAAUUACUACUGGAAGGAUCCAGGAGUCCCCACAUUUGUUGUAAAAUACGGGAAUUAUUCAGAUUUCUUUUACUCUGGUCAUGUGGGAUUCUUGGUUAUCUGUGCUUUGGAAAUGAGGAAAUUGGGUAAGAGGUGGUUUGCCUUGUUCUUUUUUGUUUCUUCUUUCUUUCAGGCUUUUAUUGUUAUAUCUUUUAGAAUUCAUUAUACAAUUGAUGUGCCCGCAGGAUAUAUUUACGCGCAUUACUUUUAUAACUUGGUUUGCUAUUGGGAAGUAAGAAUUGACCAUACUUUAUAUUGGAUAUCUACUAAAUGUUCGAGUGUUAAGAUUUCCUAGUCUUCUACACUUUAAACUAAAAUCCCUGAUUUAGAUACAGAAAAGCAUUGA